GACCCGGAUGUGUGUGGUGGCGGCGACCGAAGAGCUCGUGUGCGGAGCUGAGAGGCCUAUGGAUGAGGAGGACGCGGCGGCCCCGAUACAGAGAGGGAGAGUGAGAGAGAGACACAGAGAAAGACAAGAGACACAGACACAGAGGGUGAGGGAGAGAGAGAAAGUAACCAUACCACUCCACCAUUCCUGAAGCACUCACUGCUGCAGGUGUUUCCAUGUGGUGCUGGGGGCUCAAACCUGGGUGCUCACGCGUGAGAGAAUGUGUGUUUUACCAGGUUUGUUCUCAUGAACAAGAUGGAUGACCUCAACCUGCACUACCGGUUUCUAAAUUGGCGCCGGAGGAUCCGGGAAAUUCGGGAAGUCAGGGCUUUCCGAUAUCAGGAGAGGUUCAAGCAUAUUCUCGUAGAUGGAGACACGCUGAGUUACCAUGGAAACUCUGGUGAAGUUGGCUGCUAUGUGGCUUCCCGACCUCUGACAAAGGACAGCAAUUAUUUUGAGGUGUCAAUUGUGGACAGUGGGGUGCGGGGCACCAUUGCGGUGGGGCUGGUUCCUCAGUACUACAGCCUGGAUCACCAGCCUGGCUGGUUGCCGGACUCUGUCGCCUACCAUGCUGAUGAUGGCAAGCUGUACAAUGGCCGUGCCAAGGGCCGCCAGUUCGGGUCCAAGUGCAACUCCGGGGACCGGAUUGGUUGUGGCAUUGAGCCCGUGUCCUUUGAUGUGCAGACUGCCCAGAUCUUCUUCACCAAAAAUGGGAAGCGGGUGGGCUCCACCAUCAUGCCCAUGUCCCCAGAUGGGCUCUUCCCAGCUGUGGGCAUGCACUCCCUGGGCGAGGAGGUGCGGCUGCACCUCAAUGCUGAGCUGGGCCGUGAGGACGACAGCGUCAUGAUGGUGGACAGCUACGAGGACGAGUGGGGCCGCCUGCAUGAUGUCAGGGUCUGUGGAACUCUGCUGGAGUACUUAGGCAAAGGCAAGAGCAUCGUGGACGUGGGGCUGGCCCAGGCCCGGCACCCACUAAGCACCCGCAGUCACUACUUCGAGGUGGAAAUCGUGGACCCUGGAGAGAAGUGCUACAUCGCCUUGGGGCUGGCCCGGAAGGAUUAUCCCAAGAACAGGCACCCUGGCUGGAGCAGAGGGUCUGUGGCCUAUCAUGCAGAUGAUGGGAAGAUCUUCCAUGGCAGUGGAGUGGGGGACCCCUUUGGGCCACGUUGUUACAAAGGGGACAUUAUGGGCUGUGGAAUCAUGUUCCCCCGAGACUACAUUCUGGACAGCGAGGGUGACAGUGAUGACAGCUGUGACACGGUGAUCCUGUCCCCAACCGCCCGCGCUGUUCGGAACGUCCGGAAUGUCAUGUACCUGCAUCAGGAAGGGGAAGAGGAAGAAGAGGAAGAGGAGGAGGAGGAAGAUGGGGAAGAGAUAGAGCAGGAGCAUGAGGGCAAAAAGGUGGUGGUUUUCUUCACUCGGAAUGGCAAGAUCAUCGGGAAGAAGGAUGCCGUUGUCCCUUCUGGGGGCUUCUUCCCCACCAUUGGGAUGCUGAGCUGCGGGGAGAAAGUCAAAGUGGACCUGCACCCCCUGAGUGGCUAGGGCCUCUCCCCAGGCCUGCCCUGUCCUCUGCUCACCCUUCGCAGGACCACAUGCCCAAUGCCUGCCCUGCCCCGGGGCCCAGCUUAGCCAGCAGGCCCCAGGGGGUGCAGACACCCUGCCAGCUCCCCUGAGCACACCCUUCUGACCUGCUACUGUCCCUUUCAUUAAUCCCGGGGCCCGAAUCCCUGGGUGGACAGGAACAGGCCUGAAGCAUGGUGUCACGCUGUCAGUGGGCCCCUCUGGCUAUAGAGGAAGGCUCCCCGCCUCCCCCGCCCCUCUGGCCUAUGUGAGUGGGGAGGAGUGGGCACCCUGUCUCAGCUGCUGUGUGGGCUGGAGGCUCUGCAGGGGGUGCAGAGCCCCUCCCCCCACUUAGACAGUAUUUUUCUUUGCAGUCUUCUCUUUGUGGUUCCCUCCCUAUCUCAUUGUGUGAACCUGUUGCUGCUGUCACCCAAUUCCCUACCCCCCAGCUGGGCUAGUGGGGUGCUAUCUCCCUUUACUGACUGCUAUCCUGAGAAGCCCCCUGUCGAUUCUCUGUACCCUGCGAAGGCUUCCCCUUCCCCCAUCUCCUACUGGUGCUCAGACACCGUAGUCCCAGAGGGCAGGGUCUCUGGCCCCUCAGCUGUACAUAGCGGAUGCCUGUUACUUAUUUAAUGGCAUGAGGAAGGGGGAUCCGGGCCUUCACUCCAGUGGCUCUUUACCAUUCAGCCACUGCUUACUCCCUUGUUUAUGCCCCUGUGCUGGAGUAAGGCUAGAACCCCUGAGCAUGUGUGCCCAUGGUGUGCUGAGGGUGGGCCACAGGCUGGCCCCUCACUUGCCUGGCCCCACCUCCACCCAUUUGCUGCCCAUGUAGGCCUUGCUCCAGUGUUUGAUUCUAGCUCUCACAGGAGUGUUCCCUCACCAGGACCCCUGUAUCCUAACCGCAGUCCCUCCCCGCACAGUGACUUUUCCUGGGAGCAAGAGGGAGCAGGAGCCGCUGGCCUCGGCUUAUUUGCACAGAGUGGGUUGGGCCUGGGGGAAAGUGGGUGAGCUGUUGUGCUGCUGGGGCCUCCCCUCUGGCCCUCCCUUCAGGCCCUGCACUAUAAUGUAAGAAAUGUAUGUACAGACCAGAGAUGUUUAUACAACCAAUAAAGAUGGAGUUUCCAUAUUUAUCAGCA